UGUCAUUGUCAGGCACACACAUAUAUCCUCUUAGUUGUGUUACUGUUAGCUGUACUGGCCUGAUGCUCAACAGGUCAUCUACAAACAAUUCAUAUUGGAUAUAACUACUUAGUUGUCAGACUCAGUCAUUACUGUUGGAUUGCUCAUUGGUACGCAUGGCACCAACUAAGCAUUUGAAGAUGAUGCGAUUGCUGUUCCUGUGUCUGCUGCUGCUGCUGCCAGCCGCUACUGCUGUUUCAGAGGAGAGCGAAGGAUCAGCUGAUGAUGAAAUAGAUGAUGAGGAUCUCUACGGGACUGUUGAAAUAUAUCCAAAUGGCCAUGCUCCUGGCUCUUCAAUGGAUAAAACUACGGGUGAAGCAGAAAAGUCAGAGCAGCUCACCCUGAUUGUUAUCGUCGUAGCUGUAGCUGUGGUGGCUCUUUCAGUUGCAGUGAUAGUUGCUGUAAUGUUGGUAAGACGCCACAUGCACAGUCGGCAGCAAGGGGUCUACUCUGUGCCUGCAGAGCAGGACCAGAAAGGGGCUGUCUAGUUCCUGGUGGAGCCACAAUUCUACAGCACACAGGCAGGAGAGGAGCAAUGCACGGAGCUAUGUAUGUCAUCUCCUACUCUUUGACUCAGGACAGUUAGACUUCUUUGCACAACAGCCUGCUUCAUACCAUUCGUUCCUACACAUCCUCCUAUCAGUACAUAUGCAAUAUGUGUUUUUUUUUUUUUUUUUUAACUGUUGUAUACUUUUGUCUUUGUCCCAGCCAUUUGUACUCCACAUACACACAAUUUAGCCUGGGACAUUUGGAACACAUUCAAACCUUCUAAUUGGAUUCUAUUUGAGGAAUCCAAAUCAAAGCCAGUGAAUAUGGCUUAAAGCUUCUUUUGUUAAAAGGGAUAAUUUAGCACAGCCAGAGCUCCCCCUUUUUUUACUACCUGAAACAAGAAAUUAUUCCCACCAGCUAUGCAGCGAAAGUGUAUUUGCAUUUGAUUUGGUGUAUGUGGAACAGACCUGUCGGUGUGAAAUGGUGGUUGAGUGAGACAAACCAUGCUAAUCCACACUAAGCCAGCCCAGUACUCACUUCAGUCUGCUAUUCACUUGUCUGACAUCUUCUGUUCCUGGCCCAUUAGUACUGACAGGAGGCAGUGCAAUAGGAAGAUAAAAACCUGUUCCCCCUCUUCUCAACCUCCGUAAAAAAGAAACAAGUGGAAAUAGCCAGUGUGAACACCUCCUAGCAAGGCAGCAAAUUAAUCGACCGCCAUGAAUGAUGAUGUUUUCUUUUCCACCUCUCUUUUUCGUUUUGAAAGGCUUUCACUUUAGUCUUGCAGAUUGUAAAUAGCUCUGUGAAUGUUGUCGAGAGUUUGAUUAAUGCCCCACACAGUGGUGGAGAGAAGCUGGGUGUGAGGGAGGGAUAAAAUCUUGCGAAUCAAAUAAAGUGUAGGGGAUGAUUGGGAGAAAAAACCAACAAUGCCUGUGUUUCAUUCAUACAAAGCAUGAUGGCUUCUCUGUUUUCAUUUAAAUGGAAAUCAAUCAUGCCCUGUGAAGGAAAGCUUUCUAUCUUAGAACCCGAGGCAGCGGUUGCCUUAUUUGCUCUGAUACAGAGACAGGAACUUUCUCUGUUUAAAGGGGAAGGGGAUGUACCACUGUUAGGACAUGUCAGUUUUUUAAAUUCAUGGCUUCAUGAGGAGCACUGGCUCCAAUCCAAAACAAUUGUGCACUUAUGUCCUCAUCAGGGUGAGCAGUGACUAUAGGUCUGUGCUGAAGUGUCUUAAAAUGAUGAAUCCCAAGCAGAUUGGCAGAUGUGAGUAUUGUCAGUGCAUUGUUCAUAUCUGACUCUGUGUCUACAGUAUGUUAUUUCUCAAGAGUGUAGCAUUGCCCAAUACACCUAAAGUAGGUGCCAGCAUUUCAAUGGCAGGACAAUUGGACAAAAAUUGCAGUAUAAACAUUUCACUUUUUUAUGUUUGUAUAGCUUAUCUUCUCAUUUUUACUCAUAUUCACUUUACAUUCACUCAUAUUUUGAGUCAGACAAACAAACCACAGCGCAACAUUUGAAAUGUAGAAAGCGAACAGACUUGUGCAAAAAUCCAAAAGUAAAUGCAGUAUUUAGUCCAGCCUGCUCUUCUCUACUAUUUACUUGUUAACGCCUCUCUGCCAUGACACUAACCAUGUAAAUCUACUGUAACAAAUGUAACUAUUGUACUUUGUUUCUAUCUCAGCAUGUUGUAUGUGGAAAAGGCUUUUUCUAUUUUACAAUGGCUGAUUCUUUUCCUGUCAGUGCUAAAGGAAUUCUGUGAACAUAUGCAAUUCAUCUUUUUUAAGCUUUUAAUAUCAUACAUAAUAAUAUAUUGUAUGUAUUUACAUAUUCUCUUGUCUCUUGAUAGAAAACAUCAUAUUUGGCUAAAUGGCAUAUAUAUAUAGAUAUAUAGAUAGAUAGAUAGAUAGAUACACUUAAGGGGCAAUAUCUUCUCUCUGCUGUUCAUUUAUAAAUUGUGUGUAUAAAAGUUGUGGUGGGUGGCCAAGAAGUCCUUUAUGUAAAAUAUUUGUAUUAUUUAGUGUCAUUGCAGCCAAAAAAUAAAAUAAAAAUUGACUUAAUGUUAAAUAGGUAUGUUUAUAUGCACUUGUGUAUGCAGAUUAGCCCAUAUGUAUUAUUUGUGCCAAGGACAUUCAUGGUGGUUUUCCGUCAUAUAAUAAUUUACAAAGAAUGUAAUACAUGACCUUAUAUCUCUCAAGAAACCUAUUGCAGCAGGAGACUCUAUAUCAUGAACUGAUUUUGUUUGCACAGGUAUUGUCUCCUUGAGUUUUUUCUGAUAGCAAUUAGGACAGUGAACCCUAUAUUAUGUAGCUAUGCUGAACUUUGGAUUGUGUCUAUUUUUACCAUUAAAUCUGUUUUAAAAUGCA